AUGCGUACUCGCACUCCUCUCUACGAUUUGCGAUCUCCAUUCACUCGCUCCCGCAGAAGCAAACCCCUCUCCCAAUUCCCUCGCGUCCACAACACGACCCAACCCAGCAUGUGCACGGCAAAAGAAAAGCUGAUCUUCGCACCGGGCGAAGCUGCCUCAUCCUCAGCCAAUACCACCACGACAACAACAAAACCGCCACCGACCCAUCCCACCAAACCGCCCAAGCGGCGCAAUUCAAACACUCGACCCUGCACCGCUCCGCCCUCAACCCGUCCCCCUUCACCCAAUUCCACACCUGGUUCACCCACCCCACCCUGCACACGUCCCCCUCGCCCGUGCCCGAAACCUGCACCCUCUCCACCGCUCAGCUCCCCUCUGGCCGCGUCUCCAGCCGCAUGGUGUACCUCAAAGAGCUCGACUCGCGGGGCUUCGUCAUCUACUCCAACUGGGGCACCUCGCAGAAAGCGCGCGACUUCGCCACCAACAGACACGUGGCCUUGUGUUUUUGGUGAGAGGCAGGUGCGGGUGGAAGGGGUCGGGGAGAGGUUGAGUAGCGAGGAGAGUCAGAUCUAUUUUGACACGAGGGCGAGGGGGAGUAGGCUGGGGGCGUGGGCGAGUCGGCAGAGUGAGGUUUUGAUUCCAAGGCCGGCUGAAAUUGAUAAGACCGGCACGAAUGGAGAAGAGGAAGGGGUUGUAACGGAGGGAAGAGAGGACGAUGGAAGAGCGCAACUAGAAGAGCAGGUCAGGGAAAUAGAGGAGAAGUUUGCAGGACAGGAUCAGAUCCCCGUUCCCGAUUUCUGGGGCGGGCUCAGAGUGAUACCCGACAUGGUGGAGUUCUGGCAAGGGAGGGAGAGCAGAUUACAUGAUCGAUUUCGCUAUCAGAAGGUCUCUGCUGGAGAGGGGGAGGGGGGAGGUGAAUGGAAGAUCGAAAGACUAAAUCCCUGA